AUGAGAAUCGAAGAGGUCACUUCACUUCAACAUGCACAGCGAGUGGCAUCUCACAGCCACAUUAAGGGCCUUGGACUCCUGCCCGACGGGUCGGCCAAAGACAUCCAUAUGGGCAUGGUAGGGCAACACCAAGCACGAGAAGCGGCAGGGCUCAUCGUGGAGCUCAUUAGGAAUAAGCGAAUGGCUGGGAAGGCCCUACUUCUAGCUGGGCCACCGGGCACUGGCAAGACCGCAAUUGCCAUGGCGAUCGCCCAGGAGCUUGGCAGUAAAGUGCCAUUCUGCCCCAUGGUAGCGAGCGAGGUGUACUCCAGUGAAGUAAAAAAGACAGAAGUCCUCAUGGAAAACUUCCGCAGGGCAAUCGGGAUUAAGAUAAAGGAAGUAAAGGAAGUGUUUGAAGGGCAGGUGGUCAGCUUGACGGAUGAGCCGAGCGACAUGUUGACAGUUCCAGAGAACUCAUCCCGUAGCGACCCUCACGAAGAAGUCCCUUGCCCUCCCGUGCGAAUCACUCUCAAGACGAGCAAGGGUUCGAAAACGCUGCGUCUCCACUCUAGCAUCAACCAGGGGCUGAAGAAGGAAGGAGUUGCAGUAGGAGAUAUCAUUUAUGUCGAAGCCGCUACAGGCCAGGUGCGCCGAGUCGGGCGCAGCGAAGAAUAUGCUGGACAAUUCGAUUUGGAGGCUGAUAAGUUUGUACCAGUUCCAAAAGGCGACGUCCACAAGAAAAAGGAGGUCAUACAGGAUGUGACUCUGCACGACUUAGAUGCUGCUAACGCCAAGCCAACUGGCGGCGCUCCUCUGGCGUCUCUCUUAGGACAUUUUUCCAAGCCUCGGAAGACCGAGAUCACAGAAAAGCUACGACAGGAAAUCAACAAGGUCGUCAAUAAGUAUCUUGACCAAGGAGUCGCUGAACUAGUGCCUGGGGUCUUGUUUAUUGAUGAGGUGCACAUGCUGGAUGUGGAAUGCUUCACAUACUUAAACCGCGCUCUUGAAAGCCCUUUGUCACCUGUCGUUGUCGUCGCCACAAAUCGGGGCGUCUGCACUAUUAGGGGAACGGAUGUCAUGAGCGCGCACGGGGUUCCAGUAGAUUUACUGGACCGCAUGCUAAUUGUUCGUACAGAGCAGUACUCUAAGCAGGAAAUAAGGGAGGUGCUGGAGAUUCGCUGCCGUGCAGAAGGGCUGUCUUUGAGCCCGGAGGCUGCCGAGCUGUUGGCAUCCGUCGGGGUACGCACGUCGCUGCGUUACGCAGUGCAUCUCUUAACUCCUGCCGCCAUUUUGGCCCGGGCAGAUAUUACAGAAGAAGACUGUGAAAACGAAGAGUCAGGCGAACCCGUCAUUCAGCUUCGGCACGUUCAGGAGGUUGACUCCGUGUUCCAGGACGCAAAGACGUCCUCAAAACGCCUUGCAAGAGAGGCAGAUUUUUUUAUCCAGUAA